AUGACCACAAACACCUCCCUACCACCACUCCCCCUCCCAGAGGGUGUAACAAGCCGCUACAUCCAAACAAGCGACCUAAAUUUCCACAUCCUGGAGGCAGGGUACCCACAAACAAGGACUCAAAAGAAACCCCUGAUAGUCCUCCUCCACGGCUUUCCCGAAAUAGCCUACUCCUGGCGCCGCGUACUCCCAAAGCUCGCCGAAGCAGGCUACCACGCCGUAGCCCCAGACGAGCGCGGCUUUGGGCGUACAACAGGCUGGGACACGAGCAGCUAUGAGGACGUCGAUCUCGCAAGUUUCUCGUUAUCCAGUCUGGUACGGGAUAUCGUGCUACUCGUGCAUGCACUUGGCUAUCGCUCUGUACAGUGCGUUGCGGGACAUGACUGUGGUGCUGUUUUGGCUGCUAUGUGUGCGCUUAUGAGACCUGAUUUCUUUCGUUCUGUUGUGCUUAUGAGCCAUCCCUUCAAUGGGAGUCCUGAGGUGCCGUUUGAUACUGCCAGUGGUGGUGCUGAUGCUGGUCAAAGAGUUGCGGCGAGGGGAGGUAGUGCUGGCGGUGCAGAAGGGUCUGCUGCAGCUGCCGGUAUUCAUGAAGCUUUGGCUGACCUGGGACGAAAGCACUAUAAGUGGUAUUAUUCGACUGCACGGGCUGGUCCUGAGAUGUCAAAUCUGGAGCCUGAGGAGAUGCAUCGCUUUUUGCGUGGAUAUUUUCAUCUGAAGAGCGGUUCUUGGCCAGGAAAUCGGCCUCGUCCGUUGGAAAAGUGGUCGGCUGAGGAAUUGGUGAAGUUGCCUGAAUAUUAUAUCAUGCCCUUGGAUGAGACUAUGCCUGCCACAGUGGCUGUUAAUGUGGCUGAGGAGCCAUCAAAGGGUAUGUCUUCGCAUUCGUGGCUACCGGAUGAUGAGCUUGCUGUUUAUGCAGCUGAGUAUGGACGCACCGGUUUUCAGGGUGGGUUGAACUGGUAUCGGGUGCGCACGGCUGCUGGCGGUCGAUAUACCAAGGACUUGGAGGUCUUUGCUGGGAAGAAACUCGAGCCGCCUUGUGCUUUCAUCUCUGGGAAGCUGGACUGGGGUAAUUACCAGGAGCCUGGUGCCAUUGAGAAAAUGAAGCACGGCGUGUCCUGCGCAGAUCUUCGUAUCUUUCGCUUCCUAGAUGGGGUUGGACACUGGACACCCCAGGAAGGCUCGGAAGAGGUAGCGCGGACGAUUGUCGAGUUGGCUGAAGGUUUGCAGUAG